AUGUUGUGCAACUACUUAGGAAAUAUAUUUACUUGCCUAAUAAUUGAUUAUCAAGUUACCAAUCUGUUAAACAAUGAUACUACAGAGGAGCUUUGCAGGCAGGAAGUGUUGAAUGAUUGUCUUUGUGAGGCAGCUGUGUUUAAUGAUUCAACAUGUUUCAAGAAGAGGAUGCCUAUACAGAAUGCCAGAAGUAUUAAUCCUGCUACAAAUAACAUGGUUGCAUUGCAACUCUUCAAUAACUCAAAACAAAAAGCACUCUGUUUCAAAGGGUGUUCUGGUAGCAGCGGAAUUCUCAAGUUAGAGGAUGAAGAAGUUGAAGUUGUUGUGCAGGAAUUAGGAAAUGGAAUUGAACAAGGAGAUGAUAAAGUAUUUUUGGCAGAAGUAAGGGUGAUAGGCCUAACAUAUCACAAAAAUCUGGUUCCUUUGUUAGGCUUCUGCAAGGAAAAAACCAACAGGCUUCUUGUUUAUGAAUUAAUGAAAAAUGGGGCUGUGUCAAAUUUAAUCUUUCGCCAUGGACAAAGACCAAGAUGGAAGCUAAGAAGUGACAUAGUACUUGACAUUGCCAGAUUCCUGUUAUACUUGCAUGAAGAGUGCGAGAACCAGAUCAUUCAUUGCGACAUUAAGCCACUAAAUAUCCUUCUUGACAAGAACAACACUGCAAAAAUUGCUGAUUUUGGUCUUGCAAAGCUUCGUAUAAAAGACCAAAUGCGAACAAAAACGAUUUUUAGAGGAACCAGGGGUUAUAUGGCUCCAGAAUGGCUAAAAAACGUGCCCGAGACAACUAAAGUUGACCCAAGUUCCAAAGCUACACCACUGCCAAUAUCUUGA